AUGCAUCGCGCAGCGCACCGGCAACAGGUCCUGUUGGGCCACCUCGAAGCAGCGGUGAGUUCUGCCGCCCCCGCCCCACCGCCGAUGAGCGCGCACCCCACCUCCGCCGGCGACUCGGCCGCCUAUGAGCGGCGCAACCUGGCCUGCGAUGACGUCGUCAUCGUGUCCGCCUGCCGCACCGCGCUCUGCAAGGCCAAGCGCGGCGGCUUCAAGGACACACCGGUGGAUGACCUCAUCGCCACGGUGCUCAAAGAGACUAUCCGCCGCUCAGGAGUGGAGCCAGAGGCCGUGGGCGACGUGUGCUUUGGCAGCGUGAUGGGCCCCUCCAGCCAGCGCGCCAACGAGUGCCGUAUCGCCAUGUUCCUCGCCGGCUUCCCCACCUCGGUGCCCGUGCACACCGUCAACCGUCAGUGCUCCUCAGCAGGCCUGCAGGCCAUUGCGCAGGUGGCUGCGUCCAUCAAGGCCGGCUACUAUGAGGUCGGCAUCGCCGGUGGGGUGGAGUCCAUGACAACCAACCCCAUGGCCUGGGAGGGCGCCAUCAACCCGCGGGUGGCCGAGAACCAGUGCGCCCAGGACUGCCUGCUGCCCAUGGGCAUCACCAGCGAGAACGUGGCGGCGCAGUACGGCGUGUCUCGCGAGGUGCAGGACGCGUUUGCAGCGCGCUCCCACGCGCUGGCGGCGGCCGCGCAGGCGGCCGGCAAGUUCCGCGACGAGAUUGUGCCGGUGGCCACGGUGCUCAAGGACCCCAAGACGGGCGAGGAGCGGCGCGUGGUGAUUGACCAGGACGACGGCAUCCGCCCGGGCACCACCCCCGCCUCCCUGGGCCAGCUCAGGCCCGUGUUCAAGAAGGGCGGCUCCACCACCGCCGGCAACAGCAGCCAGGUGCGCGCCUGGCCCCUGCCCCCUUUGCCUUCUUCCAUCCACCCCUCCAGCCCGUGGCAUACCGCCGCCGCCACCACCACACCAACAUCACCCACCACCCACGCGUGCGACGCUUGCUUGUGCCGCUCGCCUGCGUCCCUCCCCACCACCCCGCAAUUGCUGCCCUCUGGCUUCCGCCAUUGA